GCAAAAAGGAAAUUGGUUUUACAAACACAAAUAACACAAACACAGCAAAGACAGAGACAGAAAUAGAAAGUAGUAAAAGGUGAAAUUAGAACAGAGGAAGAAGAAGAAGAAGAAGGCACUUAUAAUAAUUAAUGGGAUCGAUUUUGUCAGCUCUUUAUGGCGGCGGUAGGGCGGAAGCAGCGGAAGACAGCGGAGAAGAAUCUCGCAUAAUCUCUUUCCACUCCGCUAAUCGAUGGGAGCUCCACUACAAUUCUUUGAAAGAUUCCAACCAACUUUUGGUGGUAGAUUUCGCCGCAUCUUGGUGUGGACCUUGCAAGUUUAUUGAGCCGGCUAUUAAGGCUAUGGCCAAUAAGUUCUCUGAUGUCGAAUUCGCUAAAAUCGACGUCGAUGAAUUACCGGAUGUGGCACGGCAAUUUGAGGUGCAAGCUAUGCCAACAUUCAUUUUGCUGAAAAACGGUAAGGUAGUGGACAAGGUGGUUGGUGCCAAAAAAGAUGAACUUGAGAAGAAAAUCGCCAAGCAUGCAGCAUAAUCCAUAUCCUGGUAAAAGAGAUGGUUCCAUUGAGACAUUUGUACUUGGGGGGAAUGUGACAAGAAAGUUCUAUAAUUUGAGGGAAGCAUUGUUUCUGUUAUGUGCAUCUUGUCUAUAUGUUUACAUUCCGAGACAUUAGUGUGUUAUCGGUUAUGCAACUAUUGUCCAUAUGGUUACAAUCUGUUGAUGCAUCAACCGUCAUGUUAUCUUAUUUCUCUUCAAUUA